ACCUUAUCCCCAAUAUAAAUUUAACAGUUCCAGGGUUUGUUGGACAACCAUCUCUGUUGAGCCUUGGAUCUAGAAUUCUCUCUUCGUCUCCCAAGCCGUCGUCGCCGCCGCCUUUAUCAGCAAACAAAAUGGCUCGUCGCAGCUCCGGAGGAAGGUCUGCCUCUCGUCCGGCUCCUCGAUCGGCCCCAGCUCGUAACCCUCCACAGACUGUUAACCAGGCUCCUCCCCCUGCACAUGCUCAGGGUGGCAGUGGUGGAUCUAUGCUCGGAGGCAUUGGUUCAACCAUUGCUCAGGGCUUGGCUUUUGGUACUGGAAGUGCAAUGGCCCACAGGGCUGUAGACGCAGUGAUGGGCCCUCGCACUAUUCAGCAUGAAACGGUGGCAUCUGAGGCUGCUGCUGCUCCAGUGCCCACGACAAAUAGUCUUGGUGGAUCUGAUGGAUGCAAUAAUCACUACAAGGCAUUCCAAGAUUGCAUAAACAGCUCUGGAAGCGAUAUCAGCAAGUGCCAAUUCUACAUGGAUAUGUUAUCUGAAUGCAGGAGGAACUCAGGCUCUAUGAUGAGUGCCUAAGUGCUAUUGCCUCAUUCACCUUGCAUUGGAUGGAUCAUAAGCUUUUAUUGUUGUUUCAAUUGUGUGGGAUUUAUGCAAUAUGAAGAUGAUGAGUCUGUCAUUUAUGCUUUAAGGGCUUAUAUUAAUAAACUCAUUAUUGGGUUCUCCUAAACAUGGAGUUUGUAGUACUUUAUUCUACAUAAUUGGUGAAUCUUGGGAUCUUUAAUUUAAUGUUAUCGUUAAUACUGCACUGUUUCUGUUGA